AUGGAAGAGAUCCCUCUGAUCAACCUUCGGAGGCCAGAUUACAGCCCAGUCUGCAGUAAUAUUCCGCUGCCAGAGAGCCCAAAACUGCCAAUGGAGUUCUUGUCAAGGUCAUGGAGUGUCUCCGCUCUUGAAGUCUCAAAAUCUCUCUCUUGCAUGGCUUCUAACAAGUCUGCUAGUAGCUCUACUUGUACCACUGCUUCUUCUAUACCUGAAGAUGUCACUGGUGAGAUGACGGAGGAGAUUGUGCAUGCUAAUCCGUCUGCUAAUUAUCAGUUUUCUUUUGCUUCUUCUGCUACUUCCCAGCUUGUGCUCGAACGUAUCAUGUCACAAUCAGAAGUGUCACCAUUGGCUUCGGGGAGGCUCUCUCACAGUAGUGGACCUUUGAACUUGACAGAAUCAGACAGCCCCCCAAUUUCGCCUUCUGAUGAUUUUGAAGACAUUAUUAAGUAUUUUCGUUCGCACAACACCUUAAACCCCCUAUUCAAUGGCGGCCGUGCCAGUGCUGGACCUGGCAGUGGUGCCCCUCCGAGUGGAGCCAAGACAGUUGGGAGGUGGUUGAAAGACAGAAAAGAGAAAAAGAAAGAAGAAACUAGAGCCCAGAAUGCGCAGCUCCAUGCAACUGUUUCAGUCGCUGCAGUGGCUUCUGCCAUUGCAGCCAUAGCAGCAGCCACAGCUUCUUCUUCAGCAUCAGGAAGGAAUGAGCAAUUGGCCAAGACUGACAUGGCUGUGGCAUCUGCGGCUACAUUGGUGGCUGCGCAGUGUGUGGAGGCUGCUGAGGCUAUGGGCGCUGAGCGUGACCAUCUUGCUUCAGUAGUGAGCUCUGCUGUGAAUGUUCAUUCACAUGAUGAUAUCACCACCCUUACAGCUGCUGCAGCUACUGCUCUACGUGGAGCAGCAACUUUGAAGGCAAGAGCGUUAAAGGAUGUUCUGAACGUCUCAACGGUAAUACCUAUUGAGAGAGGCAUUGGAAUCUGUGGUGCGGGAACUAAUGGACAUCAUAGCCGAAGCUACAGCGAAUUCCUUGCCAAGGGCAGUGAGCUUCUCAAACGCACCCGCCAAGGCGAUCUGCACUGGAAAAUUGUCUCUGUUUACAUGCACAGGACAGGGCAGGUGAUGCUAAAGAUGAAGAGCAGACAUGUUGCAGGGACUAUCACUAAAAAGAAAAAGAAUGUGGUGUUGGAGGUUUGCAAGGAUAUGCCAGCAUGGCCAGGGAGACACCUGUUUGAGGGUGGAGAUCAUCGCCGAUACUUUGGACUGAAAACAGAAGCAAGAGGCAUGGUGGAGUUCGAGUGCAAGAACCAGAGGGAACAUGAUAUCUGGACUCAAGGUGUUUCAAGGCUUCUCUCUACUGUAUCCCAAAGAAAGAACAGAAUUCAAAUUUAG